UUCUUGGACGUCCAUCGUAUUAUGGAUCAUGUCCAAUUUAUAUAUUUAUCUUUUCAUGAUAAUAAUUGUUUCAUCCGAACUUUCUUACUGUGAAGUGUUUACGAAUCGACCCAAAAUCAAAGUCGUGGAUGGUGAUCUUAUAUUCCAACCAGCAUAUGAUAGAAGUAUUUAUUUGAAUCCUAAUGGACCGAAGUCCAAAAUUUUCUAUGGUGAAUUAAAUCUUUUAAAUCUAUACAACAGAACAAAUACUGGAGAUCCAAACGAGUUUAAUGACAACGCACAAGCUGACAAAGGCCAAUUGAAUGAUGCAUUUAGAAGAAUACAGAACUUAGAAUCAUUAACAAAUUCAUUUCCAAGUAAUGUGAAUUUAAAUAUAUCGUAUUUAACUCGCAAAGUGAAUAACCUCUCUAAUAGAGUCCGAGCUCUUCAGACUUUAGUAAGCAUAAAAAAUAUAAACGAAUGUCAAUCGCAUCCUUGUGAAAACGGAGGUACUUGCUUAAAUCUUGUUAACGGGUAUCACUGUUUAUGUCCUUCAACUUGGAAAGGAGUCAAUUGUGACAAAGACGUUAAUGAAUGUCGUAACUAUGCCGGUACCGACUUAGGAUGUCAAAAUGGUGCAACAUGUAUCAACAGACCAGGAUCCUAUGAAUGUAUUUGUAAACCGGGUUGGUAUGGCCUUGACUGUACCAGAACAGCUAAAAAUUGUUCAGGUGGCGACUUUGAAAUGUGUGGCCACGGAAUAUGCCUGCCCAUAAACAGCGGAGACGGUAUAAAAUGCAUUUGUAACCAGGGUUGGACAACUGAUGGCACCAGCGUCGCUUGUUUAACGGAUGUGAAUGAAUGCCUAUCCGGCCAAGGUCCACGUUGCUCGGUGAAUCCAAGAGUAGACUGCAUAAAUUUACCCGGCUCUUUUCGAUGUGGAGAGUGUCCUCGAGGGUAUGAAGGAGACGGUUAUGCAUGCUAUGAUAUUGACGAGUGUCUAACUAUUCCGAAUGGUGGUUGCAGUACGAGUCCUAUGGUUACAUGUCAUAAUACAAUUGGCUCUCGCAUUUGUGGUUCCUGUCCACCAGAUUAUCUGGGCGACGGUAUAACAUGCAUUUGGACCGGUUCAUGUUCCAUAAAUCACGGAGGAUGCCACCCGUCAGCCCAGUGCAUUGAAAAUCAAGGUUUUAGAAGGACGUCCCAAUGUUUGUGUCCAUAUGGAAUGGAAGGUGAUGGAAUCGGGAUUCAUGGGUGCUACGUAUCAAUCGGAGGAAACAAUACUCAGCGCUGUGAAAAUAAUCCUUGCGGCGUUCACGGACAUUGUCAUCCUCUACGGCAAGGCUAUACAUGUAUUUGUUAUCCAGGUUACAGUGGACCUUAUUGCACUGACCAAAACAAUAUUUGUUCUAAUAACCCAUGUCAAAAUGGCGGCAGUUGCAGGCUUGAUGAUAAAUUAACACGAGGGUUCAGAUGUGAGUGUACUGCUUUAUUUUCUGGUGAUGUUUGUCAAGUUCAUAUUCAACAAUGUGGCGGAUUUCUAGACUCUGAAGAGGGCAGUAUAAUAUAUCCCUUAACAAACACAAGUUACGCGCAUGAUUCAAGAUGUGCUUGGGUUAUUCAUACCGCCCCAGAUAAGGUAAUCAACGUAACAUUUAGUAGAUUCAAUUUAGAAAAUGACACAAAUGAGUGUAGAUUUGAUUUCUUGCAAAUUCACGAUGGAAGAAAUUCAGCACGUCAACUUAUCGGAAGAUUUUGUGGAAGUAAUCUUCCAAACGGUGGAAAUAUCAUUUCAAGUCAUAAUUAUUUAUAUUUUUGGUUCCGUUCUGACCAUUCGGUAGCCAAAGACGGAUUUGCUUUGCAUUGGGAUAGUGUAUUGCCUGUGUGCGGUGGAGAAGUAGAUGCAAAAACUCAUGGGCAUAUUAGUUCACCUGGCUCACCCAACACAUAUCCUCCUAACCGCGAUUGUUACUGGCACUUGAGAACAAAUUUUGGUAAAAAAAUACAAUUGCAUUUCUUUCAACUCGAUUUAGAAGAGCAUGCUAAUUGCAGUUUUGAUUAUUUAGCAAUUUAUGAUGGUGAACAUACAACAGAUCCACUUAUAAACAAAUAUUGUAACACAACACAACCUGCACCGGUCCAAUCAGCUAGUUCUGAAUUACUAAUUCAUUUUCACUCGGAUGCCUUAGGUUCUGGUAAAGGAUUUCAAAUAGCAUUUGCACCAAUUGGGGGUGUGCCCGGUUGUGGUGGUUAUUUUACCUCUGAUAGAGGAGAAAUCGUCUCACCUUCAUAUAACGGCCUUUAUCUAAGUAAUUUAAUAUGUGAAUAUAAAAUAAAAACUCGUCCCGAUACAAGGAUUCGUAUUGAAUUCAAAUCUUUUAACUUAGAAAGAUCCUUAACAUGUAAGUACGACUUCUUGAAAAUAUAUGAUGGUCCAACAUCGGAUUCACCAUUGGUUGGAAAAUUUUGCGGUAUAACACACCCUAAGACGUACACUUCUUCUACAAAUAAACUGUUUAUUUUGUUCAGAACUGACCAUACAGUAGCAUCCGAUGGGUUUAAAAUAACUUUUGAAUCAGUUUGUCUACAAAAUAUAGUAGGAGACAGUGGUGUUAUAAAGUCUCCGAAUUAUCCGAUGUUCUACCCAAAGCAAAGUGAGUGUGAAUAUGUUAUUAGUACCGCUCCAGGUAAAAAAAUACAGUUAACAUUCCAAGAUUUCGACAUUGAAGAUAGCAGAUACUACAAUUGUACUUAUGAUUAUGUUGAAAUUAGAGAUGGACAUUUUAUUAACUCAUCAUUAUUAGGCAAAUAUUGUGGUAAUUCUGAAGCUGUUCCACCUAUGCAAAUAUCUUCAUAUAAUUAUAUGUACAUUAAAUUUAAUUCAGAUAAUAGUGUUAGUGGUAGGGGCUUCUAUGCGAAUUAUACUACUCUAGAUACAGAAUGUGGAGGUAUUUAUAAAGAAGAUUCAGGUCUCAUAAAUCACCCUGCCGAUAAUGGCCGAUAUUCUAAUAAUGAUAAUUGUACGUGGCAUGUAAUCGCUCCUGAAGGAAUGCAUAUUAAAUUAACAUGGAAUAGAUUUGAACUUGAGCUCAUGGAUUCAUGUGAUAGUGAUUAUAUAGAAAUUAUUGAAAUCGAUGAUGAUAAUAACCAUAAUGUUUUGGGAAAAUAUUGUGGAGGUUCUUUACCUCCAGCUUUAACUAUUUCAUCGAAUCACCUUGUUAUAAGGUUUAUAUCGGAUAAUAGUAUUCGUGGAAAUGGAUUUUCAGUAUCGUAUGCAUUUUUAGACGAGCACAAUCAUUGCGGCGGAUUCUUUGUUAAAUCUCAUGGAUACAUAUUUUCACCAAAUUGGCCUGAGGUUUACGAGCCUAAUCGUGAUUGUACGUGGAUAAUAUCCACCCCUGUGGGUCACCAAAUAAGACUUAACAUAACUGACUUUGACCUAGAAAGACCUCUACGUGAUAAAUGUGAUUUAGGAGACUAUCUAGAAAUAAGAGAUGGAUCUACUCCAGAUUCUUCAAUCAUAGGCAAAUAUUGCGGAUACUUCAAGUAUAAAAGAGUAGUGUCAACAGCUAAUAGUUUACAUCUCCAUUUCCAUUCCGAUUUUUAUUUAAGUGGAAAGGGAUUUAAAAUUGAAUGGGAUGGUACCUUGAGUGGCUGUGGAGGAACACUGACUAGUGUAUCUGGUUCUAUAUCGUCACCUAAUUAUCCACAGAACUACAAUGAAAAUGCGGAAUGUUUUUAUCGUAUUGUUACGAGUAGUGGAUCAAAAAUUCGUAUAAGUUUUACAGAAUUAGAUUUAGAAAAAACAACGGAUUGUAGAGAUGACUAUGUUGAAAUAUUUGAUGGAAGUAAUGAACAAUCUUCAAGCUAUGGCAAACAUUGUCUCAUGUCAAGUACGUUAAACAACAUUGAAACUACUAGUAAUUAUGCUUUUAUUAAAUUUAGAUCCGACAUUUUAAUCGGUGGAAAAGGGUUUUUACUGAACUAUAACACUAUUUGCAAUAAUAACAUAAGUGGAAGUUAUGGAGUUAUUGACAGUCCUGGGUUCCCUGAUAAAUAUCCAUUAAACUCCAAUUGCUUAUGGACAAUAACUGUGCCUAAAGGCAACAGAAUCAAUAUUACGUUUACGCAUUUUAAUCUAUUUUCGGCUUUACAUCCAUAUUCAUUAUUUUAUAAUCCUCAUCCUUGGACCAGGCAAUCAUCAUUAUAUAGCCCACUAAAUCGCCCAAGAUACAGUUUAUACCGGCAUCUCGGUAAUUGUGAAACAGAUUAUUUGCAAACGAAAGAGAUGUCAGAUAUAAACUUUUCCGAGAGACAGUGUGGAGACUCAUUACCAAAACCAAUAACUAGCACUAGUAAUUCUUUACAAAUUAAAUUUGUCACUGGAAGCUAUUUUCCUAGACAAGGGUUUCGUUUAGAAUGGGUUAACUAUGGUUGUGGUGGAUAUAUUACAAAAAGUGAGGGCUCCUUAGUGAUGGACAAAAUUUCAGAUUCUGCUGGUGAAUUAGAAUGUGAAUGGAUUAUAGAAACUCCACUAGGGACAGCAGUUAUUUUAAAAUUUUCCGAAUUCUAUAUGACAGAAUCUAAAAAUUGCACUGUAGAUGCUAUUGAAAUUUAUAAUGGGCAAAGUCGAGCUUUUCCCUUAAUAACAAGAAUUUGCGUUAAAGGGGAGAUUACUGUUGCUGCCAGCUCCAAUAUUCUGCUCGUCAGAUUAAUUAAGCAGUCAUCAUUACGAGAUGUGUAUUUUAAAUCUAUCUUUACUUCUCAAAGAAAAGGUUGUGGUGGUUUGAUAGAAUCUCAAUCAGGGUCAAUUCAAUCAAUUAAUUAUCCUAAAAACUAUGAUAAUGACAAUGAUUGUUUAUGGUCUAUAAGAGUACCAAAAAAUCACAGAGUUGAUUUAAAAUUUAUGGAUUUGGAUUUGUACUCCAGCACGGAUACUGAAGAAGAUUGCGGUGAUUCGAUAAAAAUUUAUGAUGGCCCGAAUUUAUUGGCUUUAAAUUACACUUGGCUUAUAUGUCCGAGCACAAAUAUAUCUCAAAUAAUAUCUCGAAACUCGACAAUACUAGUGCAGUUUAAAACUGACGAGUAUGGAACGGCCAAAGGUUUUAAAGCUAAUUUCAGCAUGAGCUGUGGUGCAAUAAUUGAGGCAAACGAGGACGGUAUUAUAAGCAAUGAUAAAUUUUUGAGUUAUACAAACCAGGAUUGUACAUGGACUAUCCUCGCACCAGAACCUAGUAAGAAAGUAAAAUUAACUAUACGGCACUUGUCAUUACCGAAAAAUACUGACAUUAUUACAAAUAGAAAAUGUCCGUCAUCCUACCUUAGAGUCUAUGAUGGAAACGAUCAAAUGGCACCACUUAUUGAAGAGUAUUGUGGUAGAAAAGCACCACCUACUAUUGUUAGUCAUGGUAGUGCCCUCACGAUUCAGCUAGGGUCUUACACUAAUACCAUAGAAGGUCAGUUUUCAGCGCAUUAUUCCACUUUGACAAACGCUUGUGGAGGAGAAUUGAUAUCAGAAGAAGGAACUAUCGCAUCACCAAAUUAUCCGCUGUCUUACCCCAAUAAUGCAAAUUGUGAGUGGAUUUUAAGCACAUCACCUGGAAAUAGAGUUUAUAUUACGUUUGAGAGGUUUGAUUUAUAUUAUUCCGAUGGUUGUAAUGAAGACUACUUAGAAGUUAGGGAAAAAAAUGGUGGUGGUAAUUUAUUAGCUGUUUAUUGUGGUCAAGAUGUUCCAACUAACACUACAACUGGAACAAAACUAUAUAUAAAAUUUCAUAGUAAUGAUAGAAACACUGGCCAGGGAUUUCUCCUUAAUUAUGGAUUUCUUCACGGCAACGACAUCACGGGGUUACAAAGCGGUGAAAUUACUUCUCCUCUUUAUCCUUUACCUUAUUCAGGAAGUGGAGAAUACAAUUGGAGAAUCUUUGUAGACGAUUCAAAAUCCAUUUCUUUAAAUAUUGAUCAUUUAGAAAUACAUAAAACUCAAGAUACGUGCAACAGCAAGUUAAUAAUUUUCGACGGCUACGACGAUGAUGCUCCCUUAUUAGAGGAACUAUGUGGAUUGUUAAAACAGGAAAGUAAAUUAUUACAAAGUAGUUCCAAUGUUGCCUUUAUAAAAUUAGUUUUGGACGAUACGAAUAUUGGAUCGAUAUUUCAUAUUAUAUGGGCGGAGACUAAUAGAAACUUAGAAAUUGAGACUAAUAGUCAAAUCAAAUGCGGAACAAAUAAUACUGAACUUCUGUCUAUUGGAAGUGAGUUUGUAUUUAAUUCACCAAACUACCCAAAUUUUUAUGAUCCAAAUUUGAAUUGCAUAUGGAUAUUUCAAGCUCCUCCAAGUCACCACUUAAGAUUGGUUUUUGAUGAAAUAUCGUUAGAAGAAACACCAAAUUGUUUCGCCGACCAUAUCUCAAUUUAUUCUUCGAAUAAUCUCGUGUCUUGGACUCCUCUAGCCGAAACGAUAUGCCUAUCAGAAAAUGAAAAAGUUCCAUUAGAUUCUUCGAUUUACAUGAAACUAAUAUUUAAAUCGGAUGCCAGUAUAUCUCGUAAAGGGUUUAAAGCUCACGUAACCGCGGCAUGUGGUGGAAUGCUUCAAGAUAAGUCUGGAAUAGUAGAACUAACAAAAUUAGAUACAUUGCACAAUGGACAUUCAUUAUACUCAGAAUUAAGAUGUAACUGGACAGUAAAAGUACGCCCAGGUCGUACAAUAAAGAUCAAGUUCGAAUAUUUUAAUGUAACAAAUGAUAAUGAUUGUACUGAUUACAUAAUAUUAAGGAAUGGUGAAAGUAUCGAAUCGCCGUACUUAGGUAAAGGGAAAUAUUGUGGCUAUUCACACGAAAAUAGGAGUGAAUUGGUUUCAUCUGGUAACAUUAUAUCUGUCAGUUCUGUAACUUCAGAUUCUAUGAUACCAAUAACAGAGCUUAGAAAAUUUCCAACCUUUAGGUUACGCUAUGAGGAAAAGAAUAUAGAAUGUGGAGUUACGUCAACUUUAGAUUUCGACCACAAAUGGGAAAUUAUUACCUCUCCAAACUAUCCUUCGAUACCGACUCCUUACACUGAAUGCGUUUGGGUAUUUAGAGGACCUCCAGGAGAAGUCAUUAGAAUAGACUUCUUGGAUAGGUUUGACUUGGAACCAUCUGACCAAUGCUCCUCUGAAUCUGUUGAAAUUAGAGAUGGAUCUUCUCGAUUUUCACCUGUUAAAGGGCGUUUAUGCAAAGAGCGACCACGUCCCAGUACAGUUAAGAGUAGCGGCAAUGCUGUAUUUAUAAAAUAUACCACACAAAUUUCAGAACCUAGAGAUGGGUUUAAAGCUAAUGUAUCUAUAGAUAUGUGUGGAGGCACAAUAAUCUCUGAAUCAGGCGAAUUUUCAUCACCUGGCUAUCCUAAUAUGCUAGUGCUUCCUCCUGGAACUGUAUGCCAAUGGGAAAUAAUAUCACUUCCAAGACAUGUCAUACAUCUUCAUUUUACUGAUAUAGACUUGCCUGAUACUAAAAUAUCAUGUCAAACAAAAAUUACAGUUGAAGAAACCAUACCAGGAAAUAACUCAGUAGCAGAUGCCCAGUUAAAAUUAUUUUGUAACGAUGAGGUCUACUCAGAUACUAUUGAAACACUGACAGACAGAGUGAUUAUUAAACUACAUUAUGGUGAACCUAACGAAUGGACGCAUGUUUCUGAAAGUAAAGGGUUUAGAUUAACAUUUAAUUCUUCGAGGCCCUCUUGUGGUGGAACAAUGACAGCUUUCGAGGGUUAUUUAACUUCUCCAGGCUAUCCAAAAGAAACCUCACUACGGUUUUGUCAGUGGAAGAUUAUAGUACCUAACAUUCACCGUAGAAUACGUUUAGAGUUAAUCGAUUUUGAAGAUAAUCAAAACAUCAAUGCCUAUAAUGAUAUGUCGUUUAACUCUAGGAUAGAAAAAAAUGACAUGAAUAACUCAUCUCAUUUAGUUUUUGAGUCGAGUCAAAAUAAGCUAACAUUUUAUGUGUGGUCGUUAUCAAGAGGAAAGGAAACACAUAGAUUUAAAGCUAAGUUUAGUUCAGAUGAAGCUGCACAAUGUGGUGGUAACUUACAGGGGAUCCAAGGGGAAUUAACAUCACCAAAUCUGCAAACAUCAUACUUUUGUGAGUGGCAAUACACUAAAGUAUCCGAUCAAUAUAACUCAUACGAAGUUGCUUAUAACACAAUAUACGUAACUGUGAAUAUGUCAUCUUUAGCUAAAGCUAGCUGUCGUUUUCUUGAUUCUCAGCUUUCCAUAAAGUCAGACAUAGGCAUAGAAGGUGUUUUAUUCAGUCGAAAUAUUUGUACUAAUAGUGAACUUUCCUAUAGAAUACCGACGACAACAAUGCAUUUAACAGCUCUACAAAUAAAAGAAAAACCCUUUACCUUCGAUCUGACAUGGAAGUUACAGCCAUGCGGAGGUAUUAUUCAUACAGGGCAAGAAGCUGUAAACAUUAUCAAUGUACCAAAUAAUCACAGCAGUACCAUAGAUUGUGCUUGGGUCCUUAUUGCUCCUGAAGGGUUUAGAGUAGAAUUCAAGUUGGAAGGUUUAUUUAAUUUAGAUUGUUCAGAUGAAUUCAUAGAAAUAAAGUCUGGAUUAGGGUCCGCAUCUAGUUUUGGUAAAUUUUGCAAUAACAAUAUUCCCGAAAAAGCUCUUGUUUCGUCAUUUAUGUAUCCCUACAUAGAGUAUCAUUCAAAGCCGCAGAAUAAAACAAAUAUUAAGCUUUUAACUAAACUUGUCACUUAUCAAUGUGGAGGAUAUCUUACGAAAAAUGAUAGAAUAUUUACUUCACCAAAUUAUCCUGGAGAGUACGGAAGCAAUCAAGAAUGCACCUGGGAAAUUCAAGCCGAACUUGGUUACAGAAUAUCUCUCAAAUUUGUAGAUCGCUUUGUAAUAGAAGAUAAAUUAAAUUGUACUAAGGAUGUCAUAAUAAUUUAUGACUGGAAAGAAAACAAAUACGAAGAAAUGGCUAGGCUAUGCGGUCGCCAUCUUCCACCUUCAUACAAUUCUACAUCUACCCAAAUGAAAGUUACAUUCCGCACAGAUGCUGAUAUCAAUUUGGAUGGUUUUAAAGCACAAUGGGAUCUUAUUUGUGGUGCAACAUUAAUAGCAAAAACUGAAGAACAGUAUUUGUAUAGCCCUGGUUAUACUAACGUUUACUACCCUUUGCUUGACUGUACGUAUUCAAUAGAAGCUCAAUCUUCGAAUAAGAUAUUGGUGAAGUUUUUGGACUUUGAACUUGAAGGAAAUUAUCCUGAGUGUAAAUAUGACAAUUUAACUUUAACAGAAAAUAGUGAACAUAAAUAUUUUUCCGGACUGUAUUGUGGGAAAGAUAAACCACCACCGUUACAAGCUUUCGAAAAUGUUAAAAUUGUAUUUAAGACAGAUCGGUAUACUCAAAAGAAAGGAUUUAAGAUAUCCUAUUCAUUAUUUUCAUGCGGAGGGCAAGUAAAAGAACCUAAGCUUAUCUCUUCACAGGCCUCAGGAACACCUGAAACCUAUGAGGAAAAUAUGAACUGUACUUGGUUUAUUGAAGCUCCAAUAAAUAAAACUGUCGUAAUAAAAUUUCCAUACAUCGAUUUAGAAAGUUCUUAUGAAUGUUAUAGUGAUUAUGUAGCAGUGUAUGAAGGAGCUUUGAUUGAUUCUAGCAAAAGACUGUCCUUAAUGUGCGGACAUGUCAAUUCUACAACGGUAAUAAAAAGUAACAGUAGCAAUACGGUCUUACAGUUUGUAUCUGACACUGGUUUAAACUAUAGAGGUUUUCAAGCACAAAUAUUAUUCUCAUAUUCGGCAUCAGUUGGUUGUGGUGGUGAAAUCGAUUUAGAAUCUACAUCCAGUCAUCACUUACGGUCUCCAUUAAUUGGUAGGAAUGUCGUAUACGAGAAUUAUUUAGAUUGCCAUUGGAAAAUAAAAGCCCCAAUCGACCACGUUAUAAAAGUCAAUUUCACAAAAUUCCAUAUAGCUUCUUGUGCCCACGUUAACCAAACUGCUGUAGGUUUUAGCACAUGUGAUUGCGAUCUAGUUGAAUUGAAAGAUGGUUUAAAUCCAAAUAGUUUAGUAAUUGGAACAUACUGUGGCCAUAAUUUUCCGCCGGAAAUAUUCUCGUCUAGUAAUUAUAUGUCUAUUAGAUUUUCAACUGACGGGGAGGCUGUAAGCUCAGGAUUUGAAGCGGUUUUAACAUCCCAACCUUCGUCGUGUGGUCAAACGGUUUUUUCAGUCUCUAGAACUAUACAGCAAGUGAGAUCUCCAGGAUAUGAAACAGGUUCCAUCCCACGUGGACUGCAUUGCAGCUAUAUUUUUGAUUCAGAAUCUGAACCCUAUUCUAUCAUUCAUCUUCGAGUGCAUAACAUGGAUAUAGAAGCUGGAACAGAUGACAAUAGCAGCUGCGAUAAGGAUAGACUAAUUAUCACCAGCAAUUCGCAGGAACGAAACGCGAGCUUGGGACAGGAGUUUAUUCUGAAUGAGGCUGAUGACUUUUUCAGCCAUGCAUAUUAUUUCGACUCUACUUUAAGAUUUCCAACACAUAUCGUAUUAUGUGGUUUAAAAAAAUCCCUUGACUUUUAUGUUUCCAAAAGUGUAAUGAUCAGUUUAAAAACCACACCAGAAAAUACAGUUAAUCAUCGUGGUGUAGAAAUAGCAGUUUCCUAUGUAGAUUAUUGUGGCAGGAACUAUACUGAAUUACAAGGCAGAAUACAAAGAUCGUAUGGAUCGAAUGACGAUACAAAUGACCUAGACUGCUAUACGUUAAUUUCGGUACCAGAAAAUUAUACUAUUUCUGUUUAUUUUAUUUCUGUAUCACCUGUAUAUUGGAAUACAAACGUAUACUUAGAGAUAUUUGAUGGUAACAAUACGAAUGCGCAUCUUUUAGAUAAAGUAACAACUGAAUAUCCAGAAUAUCUUCAGACGUUUUCUACUGGAAACUCUUUAUUGUUACAUAGUCUUAGGCAUGGAAUGGAUGUAGUUACCUUUGAUUUGAAUUAUAUCGCAACAAAUAAAGGUCAAGGUUGUGGGGGCAGAUUACAAGGCGAAAUUGGUCGAGUCACAAGUCCACUUUACCCUCGGGUGUUUCGAAAGAAAUCUACCUGUGAGUGGGAACUCGAAACGCCCUCAAAUACAAGGUUGUUUUUAAGAUUCACUAUUUUCAAUUUAGGCACUAUUUGUGACCAGAAUUAUUUAAGCUUAGUCGAUAAAAACGGUAAUUUAAUUUCCACGUAUUGUUCGGAAACUCCAGCCGAUUACACGAGUUACGACAAUUAUGUUAAAAUAGUUUUUACUACCUCUAACAAUAAUGGCGGAAAUGGUUGGGUCGCUGAUUUUUGUGGUAUCUUCUAAUUGAUUUAAUAUGUUAUUCUGUAUCUACUAAUGAUCUUUACUACAUCAACAUGCAAAAACUAAGCGAAUGCCAUUUACGUACGGUCACUUUAGUAACUCUUUAAUCUAAGGGUUCGUCCCCUUAGACAAAUUGCAAACAGAUUUUGUCAGAAUUGAUCAGACUCAGUUGAAUUUAUGAUCGUCAAAUAAUUAUUUAAUUUUAUGUAUUCGCUAGUUUCAUAUGCUUAGAAUUUUAUUAUAAACGUGAAACUAACGAUAGCAUUACUUAUAUUGUUUCAUCCGCCAUACUGACUUUAUUUAAAAACUUAGCAAUACCAAAAUCUUCAAAUUGAAUAAAUCGAUAGUUCUCAAAGUAUAGCUUUUUUCUGCUUUAUAAUAUAUUAUCUUUUUUAAAGGAAUAUUAUAAGACUGGUCAAUUUAGGUUUCUAUACAUAAACUAUCGUCACAUCAUGCAUAGGACAUGGGCAAUGGGCAUACAUAUACACAGGCCGCUAUACUACGCGUCGCGUCUACAUUCUAGCACUAUAAUAUUAGUGUAUGAUCGAAUAUUUUUUUUUUGUUAUUAACGUUUCAAAAAUUCCAAAAAAACUAUUUUGAAUUAAGAACAGAAUUAAUAUAGUCUUAUUGCUGCGGUCAACAUUAGGCUCAAGAACAGGUCAUUAUUAUCUGCCAUGGCAAAGUGGCCUAAAUGGUUUGAGGUAUAAUAUUAGUGUAUGAUCGAAUAUUUUUUUUUUUUGUUAUUAACGUUUCAAAAAUUCAAAAAAAACUAUUUUGAAUUAAGAACAGAAUUAAUAUAGUCUUAUUGCUGCGGUCGACAUUAGUCUCAAGAACAGGUAAUUAUUAUCUGCCAUGGCAAAGUUGCCUAAAUGGUUUUAGCGUCUUAGUUAUUUAAUGUUUAACUAAGUAGUAUUUAUUGUUUACUGGUUACUAACCUUUUGUAUCAAAUAUACUUAUUUUGAAUUG